GGACGGACGAGAGGUGCAGCGGCGGGCAGAAAGCCGUCCAGACCGCACUGCACGAGCGUGCACCGAACCACCUGCUUUUUAUACGUUCUGUUUUUUUUAUUUUCUUCCAAGAGGCUUGCACGACAAAUGGACGGCACAACCUCGACGCGGUUUCUUCCACGCGCCACGCUUCAACACGACAGUGCGGGGAGAAGGUGGAAGAGACCGUGAGCGCCCCGGAGAAUUUACAUAUGUCCAAAAGCAAACACCGGCGCCAAACUCACCGUCACGUCAACAAGAAGCAAAAGAAUUGUGAAGCUGUCUGAGCUUUGGCCACUUUGCCUAACCUCAUCGGGGGACGGUGGAGCAGUCCUCCUCCUCCUGGUCUUCUUCCAGAGGCGGACUGGAAUCCCUUUACACCCCAGCGCAGACCUGGCGUCCACCUGUGGAUGAAGCCAUAAGCGCUCAGCCCCCGAGGCCAAAGCCUUGCCAGCCGCUUCCGGGCCACGCCCCUUCCCCCUCCUCUCGGCUGACGGAUGAGGCCGGGCCCGUUCAUGUCCGGUGUGCGGGCGGAAGCGCGUCGUCCCGUUCUCUUCUGCUGGCGCCAGCUCAAUUCAGAGCAGAGACACUCGUCGCGCAAGGGCCAGUUUUGCACUUAGGCCGCCCCUCCCCGAGGCCGCCCCUUCCCCCAACCUCCACCUCUGGGGUUGCAUCGGAACCGCCUCCACGCUCCUCCUCUCGGGUUCCGUGGCUCCCCGUGAGGCUUUCUAUCUAUCACACAUUUGCCUUGAGGUUCCUCCAGCUGCUGGUCAUCCGCUUGCGGCUUGGCUUCCUCAACUUUUACUUGAAGCUAGCGCCGAAGCAAAGUUUACACACAACCCUCGAUGUUUACACUCCACCUCCUUCCGUCCAUUUUGUGCUCCCGCUUGGACGGUGACGAGUUUACGUUUCAAGGUGUUUAAAUGGGCCGCCUAGCAACAAGCUGCGUUUACACGAGCACGCAUUGACGUUUACAUUCAGGUGCCAGAUCCAAACUUUGCUACUUUUUAGAAGUCAUCCCCCAACACCCCGUUUUGUCUUUUUAUAACGCAUCAACACGACGAUGAAAGCCACAAUUUCAGCGGGGAUAUCUUGCUGCUCCCUGCUGCUUCUCUCCUGCCUUGCUGUUUCCACGGUAACUGCCGAUAACGAUGUCAGGAAGCCGCCUCCCGCCCCACCGUCCGACAAGCGCGCCACCCUCUUCCUCCUCAGGGGCUACAAGGCGGCAGAGGUCGACGACAGCCCCCCGCCACCCCCCAAGCCCCUCCCCCAGACCAUGUUGCCCAGGAACGUGACGGCUGACGCCCUCAAGCCCCCGCUGGGCGCCGCCCAGGUGGCCCCGCCCCCCAGGCAGCUGGUCGACGUGGACGUGUGCAGAGGCUACUUUGACGUGAUGGGCCACUUUGACAGCACCUUCAACUGCUCCAAGGGAAGCUACAUCUACUGCUGCGGCACCUGCCACUUACGCUUCUGCUGCGAGCACCAGCGCAGCCGUCUGGACCAGGACUCCUGCACCAACUACAAGUCGCCCGACUGGGCCGAACCGCUGGUGCCUGUCACCGUGCUCGCCGACAACAAGCCCGACCCGGACUUUGAGACGCUCCGGCAGCAGAACAGCAGCACAGCCUACGUGAUCGGCGGCGUGAUCUCCUUCACGCUGGUGGCGGCCGUGGGAGUACGGAUCGGCUUCGCCAAGGUGGCGCGGCGCCCGCGCAACCGAGACGCCAACGUGCCAAGGUCGUUGGUGGACAUCCUGCGUCACCAGUCCAGUCCAGGAGACAGGAACAACAUGUCGAGCGUCUCCGACGGACGCCUGCCCAAAAACGUCUACACGCCCAUCCCGCAGAGCAAGGACAACCGCAAGCGAGGCGGGCGCAUGAACAACAUGAGCACACCACAACUGUCAUCGGGCCCAAAACUCAUCAGCAGCCGCGGCGGCGUGAUGGGCGGCGAGCUUUGGCGUGGCCCCAGUCACGCCUCCUUCUCGCACUCCUUUCACAACCUGGCGCAGCUGCCGCCCUCCUACGAAGCCACCGUCAAGCCCGAAAUCACCAGAUACAGCUCGCUGAAGAAGCUCGAGCGUGAGUGGGACGAGUAUCCUGGCUACCGGUCGGCCAAGCGGCGCUCGGCCAACGCGCCGCCGUCCUUCUACUCGUCGCAGCACCAGCUUCCGCUGGCGGGCGACUACGUGACGGGCUGGUCGCGGGGCACGCUGCCGCACGACGGCUGGCGGCCCCACCCCUACGAGCCCCCCUCCGCACCUAACCCUUACCCGCUGCCCGCACGCUACGUUGGCGACAGCUUUGGUUUGGAGCGACCGCCGCGACGUGUUCGAUCGCAGGAUCAGCUACUGGCGCUGGGCGAGGGUAACACGCUGUCGCGCCUCCUCAACAACCAGCAGCAGCGCUACUACAGAAACCCAAUGGGGGCCGGUGGGAGGGGCGUCGACUCGCAGACGCUGCUACGCAGGUCCCACGAGCGUCUCCUGCUGUCCUCCGAGCGGCUUGAGGACCAGCUGCUGGCCAUGGGCCUGAUGGCUGAAGGGGCCGGCGGCGGCGGCAUGCCCACUGUGGGUCGCCUGAGCCACCAGCACAAGGCGCAAUCGCAGCAGAACAUCUGUGGUACGCCGUCCAUGGAGCGCCACCACAUGGUAAAGAUGAACUCUCACCCCACGCCGGGCGGCUGGGAGAGCCGCCCGUCCGCCCGACGCGCCGCCUUCGCCGGCAAGCGGCAGAACACCUUGGAGCAGCUCCACUUCAUCCCGGGCGCCGGCGCCCUGAGGACUGCCAGUAAGAACGAGGUCACAGUGUGAGCUUGGGGGACGAAUGCAUUUGCAUGACGCCGGUAUGCCGUGCAUGAUUGCCGAACGUAAGAACACUCACACACGCACACACACGAGAAGUUUAAACGAGUAAGGUCGGAGAGCGCUUUGGCCUCUAGUGGUGUCCAAAGGAGCCCAAAAGAACAAGAGAUCAGGACUGACUUUGUAAGACGGCCGGGAGAGGAAAUCGAAGAAGGUGGGAUGGAGGAGGAAAAGAAUAGAAGGGAGCUCUCAUUUGCCUUCUCCUUCAUUCCAAGGUUUGUGGAAAAAGAAACUUCCUUGGACAAAUUAUGUCUUUGCCAUCUCGUUGAACUUUGUGACGGCAUUUUUUUAGCUUCCAGAUCAAGUUUUAAGCUUUCAAAGCCAUCUAAAAGUAACUUUGCGGAAGAUGCUUUGAGAUGCGAGCGCGCCCGUGGAACAAAUGACUCGUAUAUCGAGGUACAACUUUAUUUUGGGCCGUUUGCUUCCUUUUUUUUCAAUUCAAUUUUCGUCGGCACCUUGACUCGCGUAAUUGCUCGUCUUCCCGACGGCACGUUGUGAAUAGCCAAAAAGCUCGCCUGUGUUUUGGCCAACAAGCCUAGACUCGAGCCACAUCCUGCAAAAAUGCCGAGCGCCGAGACUCGGAUGCUAAUGACGCUAAGGGCUAUACACACGCAACAAGUGAUGACCUUUGGGGGGGGGGGGCGCACACGGUCCGCCUGUGGGUUUGCAAGACUUGCGUCUUUUCCAAGGCCAAUUUUUUUUCCAAAGCCGAGACCAACGCAGUCCCAUCUGGUUCCCAUUUGCUGUUCGACCUUCUGCUCCACAAAGGCAAACAAAAUCCCAAACGUAUAAUCCCACAAAAUGGAGGAAAACUACAUUUUUUAGAGCAUGCCGGUAAUUUUAAAACCAGGAAGUAGAAACAAGGAUGGGAUGACCAUCACUUGGUGUGUUGAAAGACUCUUGAUGGUGUCUGGAAGAGGGUGCCACUUUGCUUUCUUGAGUUUGAUGAUGUCGCUUGUUGUCAUACGGGCCCGCUGCCUGUUUUUGUUCUUUUGACAGGACACGUGAAACAAGCGUUGCCCGAGCACAGCAACGGGGUUGACUUGUAAAUUGUGUCGGACAACGUGCCAUUUUAACCCUUUAAAUACAAAGCGCUGAGGGAAGGCCGUUGAAUUGUUCCGCCAUCCAUCGUUUGAAAAUGAGGUCGUUUCCUGUGGCAAAAAGAAAAAAAUCAGCAGCUAAAAGAAUCCAAAAGGGUGUCGAGGAGCAAGGCGUCAGAUCUGGCCUCGCAAACGGCCGCCUUUGGGCUUGUGACGCACCGCAAUAAACAGCAUUUGAUUUGCUGAUGUAGCCCAUUCGCAACUCCAAAACGGAUGAUGUCACAUUGAUGAUGUCAUAGCGUGCGUUACUCCUCCUUGGGAUGCCGAGAAUCAGAGGAAUUUUGCAAAGAGGAUCAAUCACUGUUAUCAUUGACCAAAGCCACUUGAGUCCUCUUAUUUGUCCUCCUCAGAAAACCUGAAAAGACAUCCCGGUGAAUCGCGCACGCGUGUGCGUGGGAAUCACGGCCAUAUAAUCUUUGUAAGUCUUUCUGCAUACCUCAAAUUGUAAAUGACUAUUUAGGACAUCACGUCCAAUGUUGUCCUUACGGGACAAAAAAAGACCUCACAGCCCCCCCCCCCCCCUUCUUCUUUGUACAAUUCAUUCUGUUUG